CUAGUCAGUCGGAGCGACAUGCCUUCAUUUGCCAAACACAACGAGUUGGUCGGAAACGUUUACGAAGACGCUCGGAGAAGAAAGAGGAUGUUGGGCAGAGAGAAGGAUGACGCAGGUGGUGCCUCUGGUGACCAGGAAUUUCUCAAGAAGUUUCAAGAGGAAUACCAAGCGAGAAAGAAGAUGAAGAAAGUGAGGCAGCGUACGGCUGCUAAUGCAAGAGAACGCAAACGAGUCGGACGCAUCAACUCGGCCUUCGUCCUACUCGAAGCCAAACUGCAAGACUCUCAGAUCACACAAGAGCAAUGUCUCUCGAAAAUUAAGACAUUGCGAUGCGCCAUCGACUACAUCCAUUCUCUGACGGAAAUGCUCAAAGAUGCGGAUGCGAUCGAGCAUCCACCUUGUGACUCACCUCUCAGCUUCGCAACAGACUCGAUCCUGCCAUGCAGUGACCAACCGUCCUGUCAAUACGAAAGCUCUGAUGACAAAUCGUGUCACGGAGAUAUCAUCUCAGACUCGAGCAGUGACCUGAUGCCGUCCGAUCUCUCUCUCUGUCCGUUUCCCCUCCACAGUCUCACCGACCUAACAGCACCAUCUCUGCAUCAAAUAUGGCCAGAAUGUGUCGGAUUAUUUUCCUCGGAUAAACAACUCGCAGCGUCGCAUUCCUUCCAACAGCCUCACAUUCAAACAUGCAUAGAUCCCGCACUUCUGACGACAUCGUUUACGUACGACUACCACAACCACCAACCGUCGAUCCACUAUUGCUAAUAAUGCAAGGGUGUCGGUUUGAUGAAGAGCUCGCGUUGACAGUGAAACACGUUUCGAUCUGACGAGAACCAGACGUUGACACGCAAUUUCGGAUGCAUAUUUUGGGCGCCGCGGGGUAAAUAAAACAUGGCAACAAAACAUAUGGAAAUGAUAUGCAUGACAGAUCUGUCGAUCUAUCUAGUUGUGUGAUAUUGAUAGAGAGUUCUACAAUGUAGUAUGAGGUAAUGUAUGUUUGUGCAAUAGCACAUCGUUAUUUAUAAAUACAAAUACUAAUGAUGGAAA